GCUUGCCGCAACUCAAAAGACAACUCUCAUGCUGGUCUAAGCUUCGCACUGGAUUUGCCUCCUACGCCCUAGUCUGGUACUCUAACGUCUGAGGCUCUCAUUCUGUAUAAUUUCGCUGCCAGCACCGCGUUAUUACCCUGAAUUCUCUGCGUCCAUAGCUACCCUCCGUCUCCCUUUUCUCGCCGCCAGGCUCACGACCUUGUAUAAUGACUUCCUCGUAUCAGGCAUACGGGGCAAACAUUCCAACACUUCCAUACUCUAAUGCUGCACCAAACAACUCCGCCGGAUACCCCCCUCACCAUCAACAUACUACUGGCUACUCUGAACGUCCUGAACCUAAGGGUUGGAGGCGCGACGCACCACCACUCAAGCGCGAAGAUUCCGUCUCAAGCAAGGAUGGUGACACCGUCGUACUCAUGCGCGAGGUCUCGCGAACUCCCAGUCCCACUCCUAGCGAAGUCGUCGAGCUGAAUAAGACGUCGCUCUUUGAUUUCAAAGCUAUGUUGAGUUGGCGGUACUGGAUACGGAAGGAAUGGCGCUGGUAUUAUCUCAUUGGUACUAUCGCUCUUGUUUUUGUGAUCUUGUUCACGGUAUACCACAAACAAAUUGUGAACUGGCUUCAUCCUGCAGCAAAGUGGAUGCAUGACGUCUGGUCUGCCAUGGCGCAUAUCCAAUCCUCAAAUGCCGUCUUGCCAGCGGGAUGGCUUAUACCCAUUGCCAUUUUCUUCGUUAUCUCGUUCCCACCGCUCUUUGGUCACGAGAUCCUCGCCAUCUUAUGUGGUCUCGUAUGGGGUCUAGGUCCUGGCUUCGGCAUUGUCGCCGCAGGCACUUUCAUCGGUGAACUUGGUAAUUUCUACGCGUUCAAAUACUGCUGUUCCGUUCGUGGUGAGAAAUAUGAGCGAACUAAGCUCUCUUAUGCCUACCUUGCCCGAGUCGUCAGGGACGGUGGGUUCAGGAUAGCACUGAUCGCUCGGUUCAGUGCAAUUCCGGGACACUUCACAACUGCCGUAUUUUCUACUUGUGGUAUGGAUGUGUGGACGUUCUCUCUCGCUGCCAUUCUGUCUUUGCCCAAACAAUUCCUCACUGUAUACCUUGGUGUCGCACUCGAGCAGUCUGAAACAGGUGAGACGAGCAAGACUGAUACCAUCAUCAAAACGGUCGUCAUUGUUAUUACUACUAUCGUCACGAUUGGUGCAAUGUGGUACGUAUACCGUAAGAUGGAACAAGUGAAACCUAAGGUCAUCUAUGAGAGACGCAAGGCGAGGCAAGCCAAGCUCGUGGCUGCAGGAGGAUCGACUCCGUACUUGAAUGCACCUAGCUUAGAGGCGAAUGACGACUCAGGUAUCUUCAAUCCGAAUGGGUCUAACACCAACAUACCCCUCAACCGUUCAUCUCCUCCGGAGCACCAACAAUGGGACGCUGAGGGUCGAGCUGUGGGUUUCGCUGCCGACCCUACUCUCUACGCCCCUCAGCCCAAGCGUCCUACUCGCUUGACAACCUCACAACCUGGCUCAAGGAGCGGAACUCCUCCUUCAGCCGCCUCAGGACCUGCCAUGAGGGAACGAGACCGACCUUACCGACAUGCACCACUGCGACAGGAUACCGCUAGCUCUGAUGCAUCUUGGGAUGCUACCCAAGAUUCUUCAUCACUUGCAAAGAUACCGCCGCCGCCGGCUACUCGUAGACCUUCGCAGUCGACUGUUUCACAUCAACUGCCAUACCCGCUACAAUCAGGAUACCAUCCGAACUCGGCGCCGCCACCUUAUAUCCCUUCGCCAACUACAUCUACGCAGCAAUCAUAUAUACCACCUUCCGCUCCGUUCGCAGCACCAUCCCCUGGGAACAUAUCACAACAGUCUACACCUACCCAAGCGAACUUCUCUCCGUCUCAUAUACCCCUUCCAUUCUCACAGCCGCAGGGUCAUAUCCCGGAGGCGAGUGAAUCAUCGUUCUAUACCGCCCAAGGUGGCCAUUCUAGAACUGGGACUGAGGAUCAGUAUCAGUACGCGACUUAUGAUCCUGCGUCAUUGAGAUGAUACGGCUGAGUCGUGUCCUUUACCCGUGUGCCCCAUAUGUGUAGUACUUGUUGGACUUUUAUAUUAUACGCUCGGACUGCGUCGGUAAUACGCUGCUUCUCCUUUCUUCUAGAGUACGCAUCAAGGAAACUGGGUUUCGUUUGAUUUUUACAUGGAACAAGUACAUACAUACCCCUAGCUGUUCCCGUACCUUGUUGAAUGGUAGAUGUAUAGUUUGAGUUCCGUCUUCUCUUUUCAGUAUUCUCGUCUGGUGCCUUCACGUACACCCGUAAUUACUCUCCUUCAUUGCCUUUCUAUAAGAUGAAAUGUGCGAGGACUUGAAACAAAUAUCAACACCUGGA